GGCAAAGUCACUACUGAAUAUUAUUUGCAUGGUCAUUGUUGUUAUUGGCAAUAAUAAGUAACUCCACAAAAAUGCAUAUCAAGAUGUUCAAGACAAGAUUCUCAAAAAAUUGAAAUUCUGCAUGAUAUGAUUUUUGUUUUUGUAUUUUAAGUUUCUUGAGGUUGAGGAAGUUUCUGUCGUUAAUUCCAAGAAGGAUGGAGAUGUUUGGAUUUCAAAGAUAUUCUGACGACUUGGAUGAGAGUAUUUAUCCCCCGUGCGACACUUCCCAAACAUCUAGAUUUCGUUCCCGAUUCGCAAAAAAGGUUCGAGUUGAUACGUGGUGUCAAAGGACGGGAUGCUACAACACUAUGGGCCCACCCAGUGGGUGCUUUGAGAGACCGAAAGAAUUCUUGAGGAAACAUAGUCGCUCCCACCCCGUGUUUAUUGACCCCUUCGUUCUGCGGACUCCAGGCGCAGAUAUCAUGGCCCAACGUGAUGGAAAAUCCAAGAGUGAUGACGGCGAGAAAGGGCGCAUUCGCCGGAGGUGUGGGGGCGACCCACCUCCGAGAGUGGAACGAGGCAGGAGAGACUUCUUAGAGGAGAAUGCUCUCCGUGUCAUUCGGAUGCCUCAUCGACGAACGAAGCGGUGCUACAACUGUGAGGACGGGAGUCACAAGAUGGACCUGAGCACCCUCCCCUUCGUCCUCUCACCAGGCUUCGGAAGAGUUCCUGACUAUCUCCAGAGACGAAAGUUUGAGCUCUACUGCGAAGCCCAACGCUUAAAACGGGAAACGAUGGACGCACAAGUUCCUCCAAAUUGCAGAGUCAUGAGUCAUUUCGAACGGUGUUCCCUGAUUAGUGGUCUCCAAUCUCGAUGGGACGAGCUCACUCACGAGUACGUGGGUUUGCCGGCCUAUUUCAGCGAAUCGCUCGACAAGAAGAAAUCAGAAUUAGUGCACCAAUUGAAAGAAAUUGAAGCUGACUUGAGACUUUUGAAUUGUUCCGGCCCGGUUUUCAUAUCACAAAAUUCUUCCGACUUUCCAACCUCAAAUUUUUUUUGAUUGUAUAACAAAUCUAACAUAACAAAUACGACAAAAAAUCCUUCUUAUUUCCUGAUAUUUUUGUUAGCCAAGGCACAAUGAAUUGCAUGCAU